UAGGUGUUCUGAGGCUAUAGGUGAAACACAACCUGGCGGAAAUCCUCGAACGUGAUUGUGUGAGAUGAUUACGAAUGGAGCCGCCGCGUCACGUCACUGGCCGUAGCGUAUCGGCGGGUCCAAUGGCCCCUGUCAACAAUCUGAUCGGCGCCCCCUGUCAACCUGCAUGUGGAGGACAUCACACCAGUCGGGCUUUUCAUUCUCUCGUACCUGCGUUUUCCUAUUCCUUCUUUUUACGAAAAAAAUCAUCAAUGGCAGCCUCGUCGACCCGGAAGUCCCCUACGACGGCCAAGCGUCGCGGCCAAGCGUCGCAGCCUUGCAGAUGAGCCGAUCUGAAAGCUAUUAGACGACAUCUUGGCAUGGAGCGCCUAACCCAAGCGCGCAGCCUUAUGGGUUGCAAGCGAUUCUUCUUGAUAGCAGGCUGCUUGCUCAUCGUGGCCACCGCCCUCUUCGCCGCCCAGCCCGCGUGGCGAAGUCGACUGCACUCGCCGCCUCUUCUGUCGGCCUGGUCGCGGCAGCAACCCGCUCGCCAACCUCCACCGCCCGAACAGCCUCCAUCUCCGCAAGAGGCUGCGCCAGUGCAACGACCCCCACCUCCACAACAACCUCCACGACCCGGCUCCCCAAGUUGUAGGGGAGCCAGAGGCCAACUCAUUAAUGAUGAGACAACCCAGGACCUACCCACCUUCCGCACCGCCCUGCCCGUCCCCGGCAUCUCUAUCAACGACCCCGCCGAUUACGUCUAUCCAGAGCCCACUUACGGCUCCUACCGUGCGCUGGGAUUGGAAAAGACGUGGAUGACCUUUCGUCAGCGGUAUGAAGCGUACGGCUACGGUGAGACCGAGGGUGCCUAUCCUCUCGCUCACGUAUCCUGGGAGACGGUGGAUUGGGGCCAGCUACAACAAGACUGUCUUCUCUCCCAACCGGAGAAUCUGACAGAAGAGGUCCCGGCACAGGCUAAUUGGCCUCCACGGUUUCGGCUCGCUAAGAAUCCCGAGUCUCCCGAACGCGCCGAGCAGCCUACGCGCCCCAAGCGUCCUCAUGCCCACCACCCAAAUCAUCCGCACCCCCCUAGACCACCAGAAUCGCCCGAGACCCCCGAGCCUCCGGGUGAAAAGGGUUUGAGGCAAUUAGUCGCACUUCCCGAGGAGGGGUCACCGAAGCCCGGCAACGGAAAGAGGAAGAUUGGAAGGCAGGCAAUCAUUCUGCGAACGUGGUCGACAUACAGAUACACGCAGGAAGACUUGUGGAACGUGCGGUCCAUCAUUACCGAAGCGAGUCUUGCGAACCAAGGCCGCUAUACCGUUUUCUUGCUCGUGGACGUGAAGCGGGAGGAUGGGGCGAGGAUUCACACCGACGAUGCAUUCUACCGCCAAGUGCUGGAGGAGUCUGUACCGAAGGAAUUCUGGGGACUCGCCGUCCUGUUCCACGAGAGUCUGCAGCGGAGCUGGUAUCCGAAGAUUCGAGAGUAUCAGUGAGUAACUACCAUGUUCAUCGAAGAAGACAUCAUGCUAAGUCGUGGACGUGCUCUAGUCCUUACUGGCAAAUCAUGCAGCCCUUCCAACUCUUCUCCCGCUUCUACCCCGAGUUCGACCACCUGUGGCAGAUCGAGAUGGACACUCGCUUCCUCGGCCACACGGGCAAGAUGCUCAACGCCUACCAGGCGUUUGGCAAGAAAG